GGGGAAUUGGGGAAAUCACGGAUACGCAUCACAUUUGUUUGUGAAACCUAAAUCACUCGAUCCUCUCUCUUUCAACCGCAUCGCGUCCGGAGCUCUCAGAAACCCUCGAUCGUUCGCUGCUUCUGCUCGCACGAUUCUCUCUUUUUAACAGCUGCGCAGCUUCUCGAUUGGAGCCUUGAGUAACACAGGCAGAAUGGUGACUGAAGGAAGAGGAGUACAUCCAGAUUGCAGAAAUUCUUCAAACCCAUACCAUGAAUGUAGUGAAUAUUGUUUCAAAGUUAUUGCUGAGGCCAUGAAAUUGGCUAGUAAAAAUGAACCAGCUGGCUUGCAAGCUUCUACUAGAAGUUUUCAACAGACUUCAGCUGCGACAUCUGUUCAAACUGAACAUCCUGAUGAUGAACAAAGUGAUCAUGAUGAUCAUCCAAGUGGUGACGACAACAAUGCCUCUGAGGAUCAACCGGUAGUGGACUUCACUAAGCUUACAGGGAAGCAAAAGAAAUUGUUUGAAAUAAGGCUAAAGAUGAACGAGGCAAGGAAAGCCAAUCAAACUGCCAUGGUGGCAGAAAAGAAAAGAAUGGAAGCUCCACAAGAGUCGAGAGGAAUUUCUAAACAAAAGUGGAUCGAGGAGAGGAAGAAAAAAAUCGGCAAACUUCUGGAUGCUAAUGGGUUGGAUAUGACAAAGGCAUACAUGUUGGAUACACAGCAGAUGGCUGAGACAAAGUACAAAAAGUGGGAGAAGGAACCUGCUCCGGCCGGUUGGGAUGUUUUUAAUCAGAAAACGUUGUAUGAUGCAUACAAGAAAAGGACGAAAAACAUUGAUGUUGAUCUUGAAGAAUACAAUAAAAUGAAGGAAGCGGAUCCAGAGUUCUACCGAGAAGCUUCAAGUUUGCAAUAUGGGAAAGCACCAAAGAUUUCGGAGGAUAAGAUUGAAAAGAUGGUGAAGGAGCUGAAGGACAGAGAUGAGAAACGGAAUACGUUUAGUAGGAGAAGAAGGUUUCACGAAGAGAAGGACAUUGACUCGAUCAACGACCGUAACGAGCAUUUCAAUAAGAAGAUCGAACGGGCUUUCGGUCGAUACACAUUGGAGAUUAAGAACAAUCUUGAGAGAGGAACUGCUUUGCCUGAUUAGAAAGAAAGAAUACAAGGUAAAGUUGUUCUUUUUGAAGACCAUCUGUAUGUAUAUAAGGUUGGUUUGUUAGUCAUGUUUUUAAGAAUUGGAAUUUUGGAGCUGAUUUAGGCUUGCCUCCUGCUGGUGGGUUCAAGUUUUCAGCUGAUGAACCAACCAAUCACUGACCCCAGGGGUUGUACACUGCUACCGCUACUGCUACUGCUACUGCACUUAUUGAUUGUUUUUAUAUUUUUCUAAAAAGAAAAAGUUUGUGUUUUAGGUUUUUAAGAAACCAAAAUUAGUUUUAUAAUUUUAAACCUGAUUUUAAGUUUAGACACUUUGAGGGUUGCCUUUGGUAAACGGGUUAUAAGGUUUAAA